AUGUGGUUUUUCAGGAGAAGGCUUCCUAAAAUUCCCAGAGCCCUUAUCUGGCUCAUUGUUUUAACACACUUUUGCAUCUUCAUUGCUAAUUUCAGCUCCUUGUUUGGCUUGUUGAAGACAAGGGUUUUCAGGCAAGUGAACAUUUUCCAACUUGCCCCAGAUACACUACAGGUGGACACCAAAGAGCAACAGGGUUUAAACUAUUCUGAUAAUGGGAACUCAAAGAGCUUUUUAAAGGUGGCUUUGGAGAGAGACAUCACAAGGCUUGAACAAGAUACCGUUAAGGGGACACCAAGAUGGGAAGGAAAGGAGGAGCAGAAGAAAAUGACGAAACCAGUUGCCAGGGUGCAGGAAGCCAAGGAGAACAUGGCUGUGAAACCACCCCCCAAGUUGGAGGGAAUCAAGAAGACAACAGUGGAAACAGCCCCUAGGGUGCAGGGAAACAAGGAGAAACAAGUAAGACCAGCCCCAGGGGUGGAAGAAGCCAAGGAAAAGACAAUAGUGAAACCACUUCCCAGGGUAGAGGGAGUCAAGGAGAAGGAAACAGUGAAACCAUCCUCUGGGGUGAAGGGAGCUCAUGAAAACAACAUAUCCAAAGACCAAACAAAGCCAAAAGACCCUCCUGCAUCAGUGAAAACUGUAAGACCUGUUCCUCAGGCUGCUGCAGUGACAGAAAAGAAGAAACUGAGGGCUGCUGACUUCAAGUCUGAGCCACGGUGGGAUUUUGAGGACAAGUACCUGCUGGACAGCUCAUCUCCACCAUCG